AAGGAGAAGUGGAGGGAAGGCGGCGGCAGAGCCAGCGAGAACGAAGCUGCUGGCUGUGCCAUGAAAACGCUUCUGCUUUUGCUGCUGGUGCUCCCGGACUUGGCGUGGGCCUCAGGGCCCCUGCACAGGGUGCCCCUCAGGAGGGGUCAGUCCCUCCGAAAGAAGCUUCGAGCUCGGGGCCAGCUCUCCGAGUUCUGGAAAUCCCAGCAUCUGGACAUGAUCCAGUUCACCGAGUCCUGCACGAUGGACCAGAGUGUCAACGAGCCCCUCGUCAACUACUUGGAUAUGGAAUACUUUGGCACCAUCUCCAUUGGCUCCCCACCGCAGAACUUCACCGUCAUCUUUGAUACCGGCUCCUCCAACCUCUGGGUCCCCUCUGUGUACUGCACCAGCCCGGCCUGCAAGACACACCCCAGGUUCAGCCCUUCCCGGUCCAGCACGUACAGUGCCGCAGGGAGCCACUUCUUCAUUCAGUAUGGGACGGGGAGCUUGUCCGGAGUCAUCGGAGCCGACCAGGUCUCCGUGGAAGGGCUGACUGUGGUCGGCCAGCAGUUUGGAGAGAGUGUCACGGAGCCUGGCCAGACCUUUGUGGACGCAGAGUUCGAUGGCAUUCUGGGCCUGGGAUACCCCUCCUUGGCUGUUGGAGGGGUGACUCCAGUGUUCGACAACAUGAUGGCCCAGAACCUGGUGGACGUACCCAUGUUUUCUGUCUACAUGAGCAGUGACCCAGAAGGCGGUGCGGGGAGCGAGCUGAUUUUCGGAGGCUAUGACCACUCCCAUUUCUCUGGGAGUCUGAACUGGGUCCCGGUCACCAAGCAAGGCUACUGGCAGAUAGCGCUGGACACAAUCCAGGUGGGGGGCGCCGUGAUGUUCUGCUCAGAAGGCUGCCAGGCCAUUGUGGACACAGGGACCUCCCUCAUCACAGGCCCCCCGGCUGAGAUCAAGCAGCUGCAGAAGGCGAUAGGGGCAGAGCCCGUGGAUGGAGAAUAUGCCGUGGAGUGUGACAAUCUCAAUGUCAUGCCGGAUGUCACCUUCACCAUCAAUGGAGUCCCCUACACUCUUCAACCAACUGCCUACACCCUGCUGGACUUCGUAGAUGGAAUGGAGUUCUGCUCCAGUGGCUUUCAAGGCCUUGACAUCCAGCCUCCAGCCGGGCCCCUCUGGAUCCUGGGCGACGUCUUCAUUAGACAGUUUUACUCUGUCUUUGACCGAGGGGAUAACCGUGUGGGGCUGGCCCCAGCCGUCCCCUAAAGAGGGGCCUCCUGUCUGUGCCUGCUGCUUAACACCCCUUAACAUCCAGCUGGGCCUGUCAGGUUGGGGCAUUAUUCACACCUGUCAAAAACUCAUUUCCAAUAGAUUGCAUUUGUUCAAAGGGGCAACUUCAAUUAGAAAUAAACACAGCUGAGACUGCACGAGUGCGGGCGCACACACACGCUCACACAUUUCCAUAUAUCACCACCUCUACCACCAUCAUGAUAGGAUUAAGUUGUAUGCCCAAACUUUUUAUUGCUUUUGGCUAACAUUUUAUUAUGGAAAUCUCCAAUUAUGGGCAUUAUGUAUAGAAGCAGAGAUUAUCCUAUAUAAUAAAAGCAUAGUAUGCAAAUUGUUCCUCUGGGAGUUUGACCAGGGGGC